CAUGGCCCCAAUGACUGGCUGGGAGCAUGGCUGGGAGGGGUGGCCUUGAUAUCUACGAAUUCUCUUGUUCUUCAUUCAAGUCUGAGUCAUUCAUGAUUGUGAAGUUCCACGAUAAGGGUGACUGAUGGCAAGUCAGAAAGAGCAACCGAGCAAUUUGUGGAAUUCAAUCCUUGAGGAUGUGAGAAGGCAGGAGAGGACCAACCUAUCCAGCAGCAAGAAAGUGUUGAUACUUGGAGAUCAAGAGAGUGGAAAAGCAACAUUAGUUGCCAAGCUGCAAGGGAAUGAAGACCCCAAGAAGGGAUGUGGCCUGGAGUACUCCUUCAUCACAGUUCGAGAUGAAUAUCGAGAUGAACACACUCGGUUGAGUGUAUGGGUUAUGGAUGGAGAUCCUGCUUUUGUGCCACUCCUGCGGUUUGCACUCUCAAAGGAAACCUUUCAAGACACAUUGGUGAUAAUAACAGUAUCUAUGGCCACACCUUGGACCAUCAUGGACUCCCUGAGGCAGUGGGUGUCCCUUCUUCAAGACCAUGUUGAUGCACUUCCUUUCACAGCCGAGGAGGUGAAGAGCUUCCAACAGAAGCAGCUUUGGAAAUGGGCUACUUAUGUUGAACCUGGUGAUGACAAUGACAGCAGCCCGACCCAAGCAACCCAUCGACAGCUAUCAUCUGAAGACGACCUUGAUCUGGACCUCACUGUAUCUGAUGGAGUCUUGACUCGAAAUGUGGGACUUGAUCUUGUCGUGGUAGUGACCAAAACAGAUGAGAUAAACACAUUGGAACGUGAAUAUGACUAUAAGGAAGAACACUUUGAGUUCAUCCAGCAAGCUGUGCGCAAGUUUUGCCUCCAGUUUGGUACCACUGUCUUCUACACCUCUGUCAAAGAGGACAAGAACUGUGAUCUGCUCUACAAGUAUCUAGUCCAUCGAAUCUAUGGUCUCCCGUUUCAAACGCCUGCAUUGGUGGUGGAACGUGAUGCCCUAUUCAUCCCUGCUGGUUGGGACAAUCUGAAGAAGAUAGCAAUCCUUUAUGAAAAUCUGCAUUCCAUGGAUCCAGAUGCAGACUAUACUGAUGUGAUUCGUCUUCCUGGAAAGAGACAGUCUUCACGGGAGGUAGAAGUGAAGGCACAGGAUCCACAAACCUUCUUGGCUGACCAGCUGAAACUCCUGGAAUCUACCACACCAGCAAGUGACAAGGUCCGUGGAGGUUCCCUCCAACUCUUGGAGGCUGUGCCACGGAUACCUGUCUCCCCAAAACACAACACAAACAUGAAUAACAUGGCUGUAGGAGACUUCUUCAAACGCCUGCUUGAACGAAACAGUUCAGCAAAACGAUCUGACAUUGCACCUAAUGAUUUACCAUCUAAUUAACAGCUGCAAGGCUGAUUGGCUCAAUGGAAAUUUAAUGUGCCAAAGGCCUAUGUUUGCCAGGUCCUAUGCAGGAUGCAUUUACUCAUCGAAAAGCAGAUUGAGGGCUGAAAUUGCAUUUUUGAUAUAUCCAUGGUGGCUUAAUUCUGGUCUAUACAAUUAGAGAUAUCCAUUUCAUAUCUAUUGAGAGAUUUAUUGAAUAUAUUUAAUACUGUAGCUUGUAUUUAUGUAUGCAUGCUCAUGAUGGCUAUUGGUGCUUCAGAAUGCAUUGCAAAUUCACCUUCAGCCUCUGCAGAAAUAGAAAGCUGUCUAUUCUCAAUAGUUGUGUCAUCAUGUCGGUAAAGUGCAGUAUAUGAGCUUCAAUGGAGGGCUCUUUCAAAAUUGAUCAUUUAAAUGCACAUUUGAAGUAUAUGGUUUACUGGUAACCAUUCUGUUUUUCCCAAGACAAAUGUAGGUAUGACUGCUGCAAUGCUAAGAAUUGUAGAAUUCAAUUCUAAGAAAUCGAAUUGCAAGUCAGUAUGGUCAUACUGAGAUUCAACAUUGGUUAUCUCUUGUGCUGUCUGAGAUUGAUCUGACCAAGACUUUAAAUUAGGCUUUUAGUACUUAACUCAUUAAAUGCUGUACAGGAUGCCGGCGGGUCAUGUGAUCUUGUAUUCGUUGGGCCAUAAAUAGGUUGUAGUAGUUGGUGUGUUAAAAACCUGCAAACUGUGCUGCCCAUCCACUUUACUCAGGAUGAAUUUCAACCACAUGUAGUCUCAUUGUGCAUAUUCUGCAACUUCAUGUUGAAGUGCAUGAAGCUUUGAAUGUAGCAUCAUCUAUUGAUCAUACUAACACCUCUCAUUGUGAAGCUUCAUUCAUAUCAUUUUUGUGUUUCUCUCACUUCUUUCUGUUUAUGAUGUUGCAUGGUGCUUCCCCCCGAAAGGCCUUGAAGUUAAAAAGCAUUUCCCUUGAUCUUAGACUGCAGGUGUGAUGUGUGUGAGGCUGGGUUCACACCUAUUCAUUUUUUUGCAAAAUGAAACUAAGAAAGCAAGAGAUCACAUUUGUCAAAUCUGCUGUGGCAUGCUUUUACUUGCCGUCUCCCUUGAGGCAUGUUCUUCCUUAGCCAUUACAAAUUUUUUAAAGUCCAGUCUGUCCCUUUUUGAACUUCGUACUCUUCCGUUUUCUGAAUGCUAGUGAAUUCCUCACAGUAGAAAAGUAACAGGAAAGCCACAGAAAACAAAUGUUGACCAUUCUGGUAUAUUUUUAAAUUUCAAAUAAACGUUGUUCCAAGGGUCAUUUAGGUAUCAGCCUUAUCUGUUACAGAAUGUGCAUGGGAGUUAUAAGUCUAUAAGUAAUGCUUCUUCCUUUUUGCGGGUGAGAUAUAUUUUGUUUGUGAGAAAAAUCAGGUUUUGGAAAAUUGCAAUGCAGCUUUGCGAGAAACUACUUGGUCUCCGCAGCCCCAUGACUUAACCAGCACAAACUUGAUACUUUAUGCUCACCACAUCCCAUUCAUUCAUUCCCUGACAUUAAGAAUAUGAUAAGUGAGUGGUCUUUUCAAUGACAGAACAGGUUCUUGCAUAUGGCAUAAAAACUUGGUAUUACAAAAUUUAAACAAAUCUGGUUGUGCCUUGUAUAACGCUAAAAGCAAGUGUGAAUCCAACCUUUGGUCUGCUAGAUUUGAAUCCAGUCUGAUUUCUCAUAAAGAGUCGCUAGCUACUCUGAGUUAUACUCUGUAUAGGCUGUUGUUAUUGUAAGGCUUUCAUGUCAUGAGUGUGUUGCACUUCUUCGCAUUUGAAUAUCUUUAUUAUAAAGUUAUUGCUGGCAGCUAGAGAACGAGUGGCGAAUCCAUGGCUUUGCUGGCCAAAGCGAUUUUUCGGAUUUCUGUAGAGUUAAGCCAAAAAAUAUGCCUGUCAUCAUGCAUUCAUUAUCAGCAUUGCAUUGAAUGUGCACAGGUCCUUCUCGAUUGCGUCUGUGAAAAUGCUGGAACCGAGUUGCCAAUUUUUAAAUCAAAGUUCGACUUUUUUGUGUUCCUCUUGCCCCUAGACUUAGGUGCUAUGCAGCACCCGUUUUAUAUUCUAGAAUGCUCCCAAAGACUUAUAAUAGC